AUGGAAAGCUCUGCCAAGAUGGAGAGCGGCGGCGCCGGCCAGCAGCCCCAGCCGCAGCCCCAGCAGCCCUUCCUGCCGCCCGCAGCCUGUUUCUUUGCCACGGCCGCAGCCGCGGCGGCCGCAGCAGCCGCAGCGGCAGCGCAAAGCGCGCAGCAGCAGCAGCAGCAGCAGCAGCAGCAGCAGGCGCCGCAGCUGAGACCGGCGGCCGACGGCCAGCCCUCAGGGGGCGGUCACAAGUCAGCGCCCAAGCAAGUCAAGCGACAGCGCUCGUCUUCGCCCGAACUGAUGCGCUGCAAACGCCGGCUCAACUUCAGCGGCUUUGGCUACAGCCUGCCGCAGCAGCAGCCGGCCGCCGUGGCGCGCCGCAAUGAGCGCGAGCGCAACCGCGUCAAGUUGGUCAACCUGGGCUUUGCCACCCUUCGGGAGCACGUCCCCAACGGCGCGGCCAACAAGAAGAUGAGUAAGGUGGAAACACUGCGCUCGGCCGUCGAAUACAUCCGCGCCCUGCAGCAGCUGCUGGACGAGCAUGACGCGGUGAGCGCCGCCUUCCAGGCUGGCGUCCUGUCGCCCACCAUCUCCCCCAACUACUCCAACGACUUGAACUCCAUGGCCGGCUCGCCGGUCUCAUCCUACUCGUCGGACGAGGGCUCUUACGACCCGCUCAGCCCCGAGGAGCAGGAGCUGCUCGACUUCACCAACUGGUUCUGAGGGGCUCGGCCUGGUCAGGCCCUGGUGCGAAUGGACUUUGGAAGCAGGGUGAUCGCACAACCUGCAACUUUAGUGCUUUCUUGUCAGUGGCGUUGGGAGGGGGAGAAAAGGAAAAGAAAAAAAAGAAGAAGAAGAAGAAAAGAGAAGAAGAGAAAAACGAAAACAGUCAACCAACCCCAACGCCAACUAAGCGAGGCAUGCCUGAGAGACAUGGCUUUCAGAACACGGGAAGCGCUCAGAACAGUAUCUUUGCACUCCAAUCAUUCACGGAGAUAUGAAGAGCAACUGGGACCUGAGUCAACGCGCAAAAUGCAGCUUGUGUGCAAAAGCAGUGGGCUCCUGGCAGAAGGGAGCAGCACACGCAUUAUAGUAACUCCCACCACCUCUAACACGCACAGCUGAAAGCUCUUGCUCGGGUCCGUUCACCUCCCCGCCCUCUCUCAAAGUGCAGUUCUUAGCCCUCUAGAAACGAGUUGGUGUCUUUCGUCUCAGUAGCCCCCACCCCAGUAAGCUGUAGACAUUGGUUUACAGUGAAACUAUGCUAUUCUCAGCCAUUUGAAACCCUGCUUCUCCUCCAGGGCCGGAUUCCCAAACCCCAUGGCUUCCCUCACACUGUCUCUUCUACCAUUUUCAUUAUAGAAUGCUUCCAAUCUUUUGUGAAUUUUUUAUUAUAAAAAAUCUAUUUGUAUCUAUCCUAACCAGUUUGGGGAUAUAUUAAGAUAUUUUUGUACAUAAGAGAGAAAGAGAGAGAAAAAUUUAUAGAAGUUUUGUACAAAUGGCUUAAAAUGUGUAUAUCUUGAUACUUUAACAUGUAAUGCUAUUACCUCUGCAUAUUUUAGAUGUGUAGUUCACCUUACAACUGCCAUUUUCCCUAUGUGGUUUUGUAAAGAACUCUCCUCAUAGGUGAGAUCAAGAGGCCACCAGUUGUACUUCAGCACCAAUGUGUCUUACUUUAUAGAAAUGUUGUUAAUGUAUUAAUGAUGUUAUUAAAUACUGUUCAAGAAGAACAAAGUUUAUGCAGCUACUGUCCAAACUCAAAGUGGCAGCCAGUUGGUUUUGAUAGGUUGCCUUUUGGAGAUUUCUAUUACUGCCUUUUUUUUUCUUACUGUUUUAUUACAAACUUACAAAAAUAUGUAUAACCCUGUUUUAUACAAACUAGUUUCGUAAUAAAACUUUUUUCCUUUUUUUAAAAUGAAAAUAA